GUCCUUGAAAGCCGAUCUUCUUGCACUCUGUACUACAAACCCGAUGUGGGUUAGCUGUCAAUCACCUCUCCCAUCCAUCCUGCCGCAAAGAGAGCAAGGAACACUGAGAGCUGAGCUUUUUCAUCUGGAACGUUCCUGUCAAAAGAGCUACCCAGGAUGGCUGCUUCAGCACCAACACCAGCAGAAUCCUUCACCCCUGGACCAGAUGGAGUUUACAUGGACCGCCUAGGUUUCUACUCACUGGACUCUAAUGUCCCCGGUCUGUCCAAGGUCAUCCUCAACAAGCUGAAGAUGAAGGACUACUCUGAGUACAGGGCUGCUCUGGAAGGGAAGAAGAAGAGUCUCACCUUCCACUCCUACAAAGAGAUGUUCCAGAACAUGGAGGAGACCUUCAAAUUCUGCACAGGAUGCAGCAGGCUUCCAAGUCACCUGUCAGAUGGCCAAGCUCUCAAACGCUGUGGGAAGUGCCUGAAUGUGUAUUACUGCAGUAAGGAGUGCCAGAAGGAGGACUGGCCAAAGCACAAGAAGGUCUGCAAACUGCUCCGGUUGGUGGCCAUUGACCGGCUGGUGGAGUGGCUGCUGUUCAUGGGAGACCUUCCAUUCUCCACGGAGCAGUGGUCACGGCCUGCCGCGGAGGUGAAGAACUGGGAGGACUGGCUCUCCAUGCAGGGCGACCUCAAUCCCAGUCUGGAGGCCAUCUUCUCUGGGCCUCACAUGCAAGAACUAUGGACUAAUGUCAGCAGGACCCGUCCAGAAGACGGCGAGCUGCGGGAGUCACUAUGGCGGGUGACCAGCGAGUUCCUGUCCAAACCGCUCACUCUGGGCCUGGGGCUGCGCUUCUUUGGCCUGGACCCAUACUCCCGGCCCCUCACCAUCCACCUGGUGGGGGCCUCUCACAACGAGACCAUGGGGGCCCGUCUCACGGACUUCGACGAGCUCAGCCGCAUGUUCCCUGGCCACCAGGGCCUGGAGGUGGUCAUGGUGGGACCAGAGGUGGUGGAGGGGCCUAUAAUGAGGCCCCCGCUGAGAGCUUUUGGGCCCAGGGGGAGAGUCUACAUCAGUGCCUACAAGGGCCUGUACCACCAGUUCUGGGAGGAGCUGGUGCAGAAGCAGGAAGCAGCCAAGCCGGACCUGGUGGUGGGAUUUCAUCCAGGGUUUCAUGCCACCCAAGGUCUGGGAGAGGGAUGGCUCCCCACCCUGCUGCUCCUCAGGGACUACAACCUCCCCUCGCUCUUCACCAUGUUCAAUGAAGAGGAGCUGAAGUACUCUCUCCAGAUCCUAACGGAGCUGGAGAUGCACAUCAGAGGAACCGGAGCCAACCCCUUCGCCUCCCUGAAGCCAGAGCAGGUCCAGGCCUGUCCCAACAAGACUCCUGUCUUCUGCAACGCACACUACCUCUACUUCCAGGGCCUGCUGGAGCAGGACGACGAGGAGCUGGAGGAGGACCAGACCUGAGGGUGAAGCUGCAGCUGAUGUAACGCCUGCCCUGGGUGAAUGGAAACCUGUUAAAAGAACAAACCCCUGGUAUUGGUCUGUUUCUAUUCUGCUGAACGGAUAUUUGGAUGGAAUGUCACAUUCCUACUUGCAGGCCACUGUCAAGAAAGAUCCCAUUAACAUUUAACUAAAUGCAAUUAAUCAUUGCUUAAUGUAACAUUCUCCUUUAGCAAAUCUCAAGGAAUAAAAGCCAUUCUCAGUUGAAUUGUUCACAUACAUCAAUUUUUAUUUUUCAUAGUUUGAAACAAAUUUUCGUUCCUGUGUGAACAGAAUAUUUUAAUACAUUUGGUAACAUUACAGCUACUGUGUGUUGAUAAUAUAUUUUAAUGUAAUGAAUACAUAUACGUUGAUGAUGUAAUUGCUAAAUAAAUUAUUGUGGUGGUUUGGUGGUUGUGUACUUCUAGAAAAUAUAUUUUCAAACGACA